AUGAAUAUAAUUUGCAAAGCCGUGCUGAUGGCUAGCUUCUUCAUGUUAGCUUCGUGUCAGUCGACACGCCAAAGCGGCGGCCGCAGUGGAAACCGUGAUCGCUACGCGGCUAGCAGUAACGUCGGCCAAGGGCGUACCUUAGGCUUAAUCAGACCAAUAAUCGGUGGUUUAGCUGGUGGACGUCCCAUCGCCAGCGCUAUUGGCUUUGGUGUUGGUUUGCAGUCGGACCCCAGCUACGGUGGCGGCUAUCCCGGCUACGGUGGUGGUUACGGCGCAUAUGGCGGUUAUGGUGGCUACCCAUUCUAUGGCGGUUAUCCGGGUAUAUUUUCCGGUUAUGGUCCAUAUGCCUAUCGUCCGCGCCCUUACUAUCCCAUAUACGGUGGUUACAAUCCAUAUGCUGGCUACCAACGUCCCAGCUAUGGCUCUUAUGGUAGCACUGGAGUUAAUAACCUAAGUGCAGCUCCGGGGUCCAGCACAAACACGGGUGGAUUAGGAGCGUUAUUGGGUGGCAGCACUGGUGGCGGUUCAACAGCUACGCAAGCACAACUAGCCAACCAGUUGGGUCAGGCUUUGGGUGCCAGUUUACGUCCAUUACUGUCCGGUGGUGGAGCAGGUGGUGCCGGUGGUGCAGGUGGUGCGGCUGGUCUGGCUACAAAUUGUUUACUCAUAUCCAACGUCGAUGCCACACCCGCGCGGAAGGCUCGUCAAAUACCGCUCUGCACCGGUAUUGGCGGUCGUCCAGGUCCGCAGAAUUGUCGAGGCGCUCAGGGGCAACCACCGAGACUAACCUUUCCACGUCAGCCGCCCGGCGAGGUGUACUCGCUGCCAUUGGCACCCGGAACAUUCGGAAGACCAUAA